AUGGAAUUCUUACGUCAAUCUUCAUUUUGCCACUGUCUAAAACUCUCUGGAUGCAAACUUCUUUUCCGCGUUGUCCUCGACCAUUCAAGUUUCUCUCCAUCAUCGGCCUUAUCUUCUUGUGUUUCUCAAUUUUACAGAAAGAACGAAAAGGAUAAAGAGAUUGAAAAGAAGAUCGGCUUACCUACCGGAGAACUCCAGUGGUUCUUUUUCGACAAAGAAAGUGACGAGAUGCCGAUGCGAAUUCCAAGGCUAUUUCAAUUUGGUGAUUAUGUAUGGACAAGGUUUGGAUCAAGAAUCUUGGAGCUUAUACUUGGCGUAUUAUUGAACUACCUGGGUCAGAAAAGUAUGGCAACAAGUAUUGGUGAAAGUUGUAACAAUGUUUUGGAGCUGAAUCAAAGAUGUGCCAUGAAAGCUUGGAGUUUUGACCUUAGAUUUAGACAAACUGAUUGA